AUGGAGAAUUCAUAUGUUGAAUAUCGUGAUACAACUGGUGUUGAAAGUGAUUCGGACACUGAAAUUAUUGACAAUAGUUAUACAGACGAAUCGUUCGCUAAAUUAAAAACCCCUGGAAAAAAGAACCACACGGCAUUUGUUCCUGAAUCAGAUGACACAGUAUCAGACGACGAGGAUGUUUCUGAAAUCAAUCUAUCUAAGUCAGUUCAUAGCAGAAGCAGUGCUAAUCAUCAUGUUGUUCUGAGUAGUGAUGAUGAAAAAAGUAAAAGGGGCAGUAUACAAAGAGAGUCUAAUUCUUCAAAUAAUAUUGUUCUGAGUUCUUCAGACGAUGAGGCUGAAGAUUCACCUGAAAUAAAACCGAGACGCCGUCCCAAAACUUCUCCUCGGCUAUCAGAGUCGUUUAUCGGACGAAAAACAAAAAAACGUAUAUUCCUCAUAGAAUCGGACACUGAAAACUCUAUAAUAGUUGAACAUGACAAAAACCGUAAACUGAAAUGUGUUAAGGACACACCGGCUAAGAUUGAUAAGAAAGAUUUACGAAAAAGUAUCUUGGAUAUAAAGAAUAUGAGUAUACAGAGUAAUGAUAGUGUGAGGACUGAUGAUGAAGAAGAAAGUGAUGAUGAUGAUGAACGGAUAAGUGGUAGUGAUAAGGAGGGAAGCCAUAGUGAUAGUGAUCACAGCAAUGAUGAUCAAAACAUUGAUGAUCGAAAGAGAAUUAGUGACAGUGGACACUCCGAUGACAACACUGAUCUUAAGGACACUGAAAGACGUGACUUAUCAUCAAAAGGUGAUGAUUUAGAUGAAAGUGAUGGUGAUAAAAACGAAGUGUACUCCAGCGACGAAGGUCCUGAUGAAGAUCAACUAGUGAUGUCAAGAGCUACGAGGAUGAGUAUAAUGGGUAUACUGCCGAAGGAGAAUGAUAGUGAUGACUCAGAUUACCUACAGUCUGAUGAUAACCAGACAUCACGAGGUAGUUCUUUGGGCAAUCCGACUGAACCACCAGUUGGCAAUGAAACUCCCAAGAAAGAUGAAGACACAUCAAGAUUGACGUGCUCACCCAUCCAGAGUCCACUCCAAAAUAUUACAAAUGAAGUCAAUUCAGCUAAUAGUUCCAAAAACAGUCCAGAUAUUUGUGAUUUGACCAGAUCGGAACCUUGUGAUCUACAGAAUAGGGUUCUAAAUAAGUUGAAUAGCACCAAGACUAAAUAUGUGGAGAAGGUGAUUGAUGAUGACCUCACCAUCAUAGAUGCGAAGCCAGAGGUCAUAGCUCUCAGCAGCGACGAAGACGAGGUGAAAGAUGAAAAGAAGUCUCCCAAAACAAAGACUAACCUCAAAGAAGAGCCGGCAUCAGUUAAGAAAGAUAAUACCAUCAAACAGUACCUACUACCGCCCAGCUAUCCUAAUCAGGUGGUGUACGUCAAGAAGAAUGUUCGUGAAAAUGAACUCUCCAAGCUCAAUGGACUCAAAGAAGACUUGCAGAAUAUCAGAUAUCUCUUGGAAAAUAUGGAUAUGAACUCAUUACCUGACGGAGGACUCAAGCUGAUAGAACGACUCACGACCCUGGAGGGGGAGGUCCGGAAACAGGGGGACAAGGUGGCCAACAUGGUGAUAGAGCCAGAUGAACCUACUCCGGAGGACGUAGCAAGAGAUGGCUUCAACAAAGAGAACAAGGGGUUAUCCUGGGACGACAUACAGAAGGCCAGCAACGCGGUGCAGCCACGGAUGUUCGGCAAACAGGCGAUGGCUACCCACAUGGCGGAGCGCAACUUAAUCCUGGAGCGUCUCCGCGACCUGUACGAGUCCCUCGCGUCCCGGCCGGCCGAGCAGCACCACCACCCGCAGCCCGCCGCGCUGCUCACCACACUCAUGGACCACCAGCUGCACGCGCUGGCCUGGCUGCACUGGAGGGAGACGCAGAAACCCAGGGGGGGCAUACUCGCUGACGACAUGGGUCUGGGCAAGACGAUCACUAUGAUAGCUCUGAUAGUGAGUGACAAGGAGAAGAACAUUGACCACCGACCAGAUGAUGAUGAGGAGGGAGGCAGGUCCAGAUUGGCUCGCGGCGGCACGCUGGUAGUGUGUCCGGCGUCGCUGAUGCAGCAGUGGUCCGGCGAGGUCAGCAAGCACUGCCGGCCGCACGCCGUGUCCGUGUGUCACCACCACGGAGCCGCGCGCGCCACGCAGCCGCACCGACUGGCCAGCUACGACCUCGUCAUCACUACAUACAAUAUACUACAGAGAGAGAGUGAGAAGGGCGGCGUGUUGACCCGUGUUCGUUGGCGUCGCGUCAUAUUAGACGAGGCGCACGUGGUUCGUAACCACAAGUCGGCAACGAGCGCGGCCGUGUGCAGCCUGUCAGCGGCGGGUCGCUGGGCGCUCACCGGCACUCCGCUACACAACAAGGACCUCGACCUGUUCGCACUGCUCAAGUUCCUUAGAUGUACGCCCUUCGACGAUCUCACGGUCACGCAAAAUAACAGAGUAGGGUUAGGAUCAAGUAGGAAAGUCCAAGAUACGGAUAUAUUGAAGUCUUUUAUUCGGCAAGACGAGAACGAUAAAUACAAGAUCCAUGCAAUGAGUUUAGAAAUGCAGAACGAGUGGUUAGACAUAGGAGAUUUUUGCAUUCCACUAGCACUAAAAUGGCGCACCUUAAUUCAUGACUGGUCGCCAGCCUUGCUAAAAUUUUAUCUCAAUGCGUUCCAGAUGACUCUCCCAGAUCAGAGUAAUUUAGUAAGAUGGGGUAAAGGUACCGAAAAAACUUGCUAUAUCUGUGGAAAGGCAGUUGGAACUGCUAAGCAUUUGCUGGUGGGAUGUAAGGUUCUCCUGGACAGCGGUCAAUACUCACGUCGUCACGAUAGGGUUCUAGAGAUCAUACGUUUUGUGAGAGAGGGCACCAGGGCUAUAAAAUCAAACGUCAAGCCUUACUCUAUCCUUAACGCGGCUUCGGAUUGGACUAUCAUGAUGGAUACGUAUGAGAAACAAUACAAAAUCCCCGAGGAUAUUUGUGCGUCGGCCUCCAGACCAGACAUAUUUCUAUAUUCGCGUAUUUUAAAGCGCGUUGUGAUGAUAGAGCUUACGGUGCCUUGGGAAACCAACAUCCCCAAAGACCAUCCCAUCAAGGUCAAUAAGUAUUACGAACUCACUAACGAACUAACUCGAAAUAGGUUCGUCGUUGAUUUGUACGCGGUAGAGGUGGGAGCGAGAGGUAUAACAGCUAAAUCUCUCUAUAACCUACUAAAAGACUUGGGCCUGUCCAGAACUAACAUUAAUUCAUUCUUGGAACGUACGUCGAAGGCAGCCCUAGUAGGUUCUUUUCAAAUUUGGUUAGGUAGGGAGAUAAACUUGGACAGUGGAGGUGAGCGUAUAACGCGCAUGUGGAAGAAGUGGAUCGAUAACAAAUCCCUCGGCGGCCAGGAGCGUCUGAGUACUAUCAUGAGGUGCAUCAUGUUGAGGAGGACCAAGCAGUUGUUACAAGAGCGGGGACAACUGACGUGUUUACCGGAGAGGAGCGCGCACCACGUAGACGUGACGCUGGGCAAGGACGAGAUGAACGUGUACCAGAAGGUGUUAGUGUUCUCCAAGACGUUGUUCGCUCAGUUCCUCCAGCAGCGUGCCGAACGGGCCGGGGACUCCGCCCCCGGGAAGGACUCGGAGUACCACAAGAUGCACAAAAAAAUGAUCGCGCUACAAGUUGGGCGGGUAGAGGGGCAAGAGGGGGCUCAUCUGGAGGGGGAAGUUCCCAAGUUUGUUUCUCCCUCCAGUCAGCUGCCAUCAUGCUCUGGUUUAGAGAGCAGCGGGCCUUCGCAGUUGAGAGCUUCUUUUCUAACGGUCGCUCACUUGUUACUACGCAACGUGCCUUCCGCGCUCGCUUUGAAAUUCCUCCUCACAGACUCGUUCCUGGCCGUAAUUCGAUUCUGUCGUGGUUUAACUCAUUUCGGGAGUGUGAAAGUGUCGCUAAACCCAGAAAUGGACUUCAACGGACCAUCAGAACUCCGGAAAAUAUCGAAGGAGUGA